AUGGCUGACCACAAAUCGCCGCUCGGCUUCACCGUGUUCCGAGGGUUCGCCGAAAAUGGAUGCUAUGUUUGGUCGCCCUUUGUUACCAAGCUAGAAGCUCGCCUUCGAUUUGGUAACAUCUCCUAUCGUACGGAACCCGGCUCUCUCUCCAAGGCCCCUCGUGGAAAAGUCCCAUAUGUCUCAAUCGACCGCGGAGAUGGAAAUUGCGAGACCCUGUCCGAUUCGACCCUGAUAGCUCAUGCUUUAAUCGAAUCGGGAGAUGUAGAGGAUCUCAACGGCAACCUUACGGCAUCUUUGAAGCUUCAGGACCUGUCAAUCAGGGCUUUGCUAGAGGAUAAGCUUUAUUUCUAUCAGGCCCAUGAGCGAUGGAUGCUGAACUACUACACCAUGCGUUCCAAGAUCCUUGGAGCCUUAUCCUGGCCCCUCCAGGUCAUCAUAGGUAUUUUUAUCUACAAGAAGAUCGUACGGACUAUCGAGGGCCAAGGUAUCCUGAAGUUCAGCAAGGAAGAGAUUGCCAACUUGCAUCAAGAGAUUUGGGACACACUCAACAGCCACAUGAUCGCAAUCAGCCGCCCAGGCGACCGGGAAACUCCUUUCUGGAUUCUCGGUGGGGAUGCUCCAACCGAAGCAGAUGCCACAGUGUUUGCCUUCAUUGCGUCUAACCUCGUAUGCGACGCUGCGCCAGAAACAAGAGCCAAACUCAAGGCCAACGAAGCCCUCAUUGACUAUGCCCUACGAAUUCACAAAAAGUAUUUUCCAGACUACGAGAUGUGGAACUAA